AUGUUUGUUGCUACCAGCUCUCGUUUUGAGGAGUUCGAAAGGAAGCUAGUCCGGCUUCUGCAAGCGGUGGCAACAAAAAGAAGGGUUAGAGCGAUUUCGAGGGGCCCCCGAAACCUCUUAGAUGCGGAUUACCUGAUUUUACAUGAUGGUCCUAAGUCCGAUAGUACGCCGAUAGGACUGUUGUCAGAGAUGGGCGGAUGGUCUAACCCGUCCAGACUCUUAGUACAGAUCGUCCAGGUCGCCUUUAUGUCGAGGGUUUUGAUGGGGAAAACCAACAUCGAAUCCAUCUCCUCGUCUGUAAGUCCCGAUUACUUAGAACAUAUCAUAAAGUCGUAUAGGAUUUCAGACAAGUUUCUUCCUUCAGUGGCUCCUCCGGAAUCCUCCAUUCGUGAUAUCGGGGAUCGUCAAGUGGGAGUUUACCUCCAGUUUCUCCUUGUUGGCUUAAGGUUUCUUCCCCUGUCUUUUAUUGGCGACGUGUGUCGAGUUUACAAGAUUCAUCUUACUCAGGUGAGUCCAAAUAGUUUUCGGAAGAUAAUGUGUUUCUUAAUUCUUUGUAAGGCCUUGGAUAUUGCUCUAGAUGUGGAUAUGUUUCAUUAUUUCUAUUGUAUGACCUCGAUCGAAGAUUGGGUUACCUUUUCCAGCCGCCAGGGGGUGGUUAAUAUCUGUAUAGGGCUUUCAGAAUCCAUUAAGCUAUGGAAAGAGGAAUUAUUUUUUGUAGAUUCUUCUGCCUUUCUGUUUCCCAUGUACUUCGGGAAGACUUCAAGGUGUCUUGCUGGGAGACACGAGGCAAGAGGCCUGCCCUGA